AUGGCUGGGAAUUUCGGAGCUCACCUGACUGUCCCUCUUCCAAUCUGCAGCGCUCAGCAAGUGAGGAUCACGAAGUGCAGCACCUACCUGGCUAUGAUCGCUGUUGUCCUCCAAGAAGCUCCAGACCACAUGCUCACUUUUACUGAGUUGAUGGACAAUCUGGAACCAUUUGUAUCUGGAGACAAAAAAGCCUUUGAGAACAACAUCAGAGUCUGCUUAUCAAUAAACAAAUGUUUUGUCAAGAUUCCACUGAGCUCAGAAACUGGGGUUUGCAAAAGACACUCCUGGAAGCUCGACCACAGUCAAAUCACAGCAAAGAUGGUGCGACGCCACUUCAGAGGAAUCCUGCACCGGUUCCCUGAACUGGCCUGCAGGGAGGGAACGGACACGUGGAGCGGAGCAGCAGAGCCCUGCACAGCUCUCCACUCCCCUGAAGCUGCAGUUCAGAUCAGAUGUGAGGUGAAGUUCACCGGGCCUUUCUCCAUUGAAUCCCUCCUGAAGAGAGACAGUCCCUCUGCCACCGCCUCCAAAGCCUCUCCUCCCUCCGGAGUGCCGGUCAGAGCCGAUCAGCCGCCUUGCUCUGCGGAGAGAGGAACUGGAACAAAGAGGAGCUUCAGCUGGGACUCUGCACCUGAGGAGCCUCUGCUUCUUCAAGCCUCAGGUGGACAUUACCCCGUCUGUACAACAGGGGGCAGCACAGGCCAUGAACUCAGUGCUGAUGGUGCUGCCAAGCCCAACAUCAAGAGGAUGAACGUGUUUGCUGAGCCCUCAGUCCUGCUGUACACAAGACCCAGAGCUGCUCCUUAUUUCAGCAGCACACAGAGCUGUUACACCAAGUACCCUGUACACACAUUCACUCCUGAUGCUCUCCGCUUUUGUCUGUGA